GUUACUAUUAUAACAUGCAAACAAUGUGUUUUUUCUUGGAGUUCGUUGACUGUUAGCCAUGACUUCCAAAACAAGUGGACGCGUUGUUGUGGAUGCGCUAUUGGUCGUUCCAAAUGUUUUCCAUCAUUAAUAGCGUUUCCUCAAACGCGUUGCACUUCUUUAUACAGUAAAUGUAAACCUUAUCCAUCUCCUCAACCAAUGGCAUCUGGAAGCGGUAAGGAGGCUCCGAAAGAAGGGGACUUCAGGAUGCCUGGCCUUAGAGGAGCAAAGACCACCACGCUUUUCCGAUCUGUCAACCCUGAGCUCACCGUUAGACCCAACAAGCCAGUGAUGUCAUUUGGACUUGUGACAAUUUCCUUGUGUGUGGGCUACCUGGGAUACCUUCAUGCCACCAAAGAGAACGACCCGCAGCUGAAUGAAGUUAUUGACAGUGAAGGGGAGGAAAACGUCUAAAUGGGACUGAUCAAAUCAGAUGUGCAAUAUAUCCUGAACAUUAUUGUGGUAAAAAUGGCUUUGCAUGAAAGCACUGGAUCUAUGUAAUGACGAUGGUUAUUAAAUAUUGUUACAAUUAGGCAAUA